AUGUCAAUCCUAAAUCCUGACACAGUCGAACAAGUAAUCCGCCAUGAAUGUUCUGGCUCAUCGUAUACUUUCAAAGAUCUACAGAUGCUAGCGUCUCCUGAAGAGGCCUACCUACUGCCUCUUGCAGUCAUAGGUCUCAUUGAUAUGAACGCGUUUUUUGCACAAUGUGAACAAGUUCGACUAGGGAAGGGACUUGAGGAUCCGGUUGUAUGUUGCCAGUGGAAAUCACUCAUUGCUGUUUCAUAUGCUGCGAGGAAGUAUGGUAUCAGUCGUUUGGACCCGCUAGGUUUAGCCUUGAAGAAAUGCCCACAAUUGGUCGUAGGGCAUGCGGCUGUAUUUAAAAAAGGUGAAUCUUUUUGGAGGUAUAUAGACGGGUUGCCGAGCCAGGCUAUUCAUAAAGUGAGCUUGGAUCCCUAUCGAAGAGAGCUGCGGAAAGUGUUCAGGAUUUUGCAGAGUCAAUGUGAUUUGGUAGAGAAGGCAAGUGUUGAUGAGUGCUAUCUUGAUCUCGGGAGAUUGGUGUAUAGCAAAUUGAUGGAUUUAUUUCCAUGUUUACGAGACUUGCAAGCGGGAGAUAAACUCCCUCCAGUUCCAUCUACCCUCCCUGAUGGCCUCAAAUGGGAAGGAAUGCUAUAUCAGACAGACGAGGAAUCAGCAUUUUUCAAAGAAGGCGUUUCGCAUGACAAUAAGCAGACACAGUCCAGAACAAAUACGCCCCCGGCCACUAUAGUAAAGGAUUGGAGCGACAUAUGCCUGAUACUUGGUUCACAAUACCUAUUUUCUAUACGAUGCAAAGUCUACGACGAGCUCAAGUAUACAACUUCUGGUGGAUUGGGUACCACCAAAACGAUCGCGAAGCUUGCGGCCGGAUUUGUCAAGCCAGAUUAUCAGACUAUCGUCAGUUCGAAGGCUAUAAAUGCCUUCCUCUCCAAUUUUGAAUUGACCGACGUGACUUCAAUGGGUGGGAUGAUAGGAAAGGACAUUGUUCGACAGUUACAGAUACCUCCACAGACCAACUCAAUAUCCUUCAUUCGACAGGAGUUCACACUAGAACAACUAAAGGAAGAAUUUCCACAAGACCACGGAUUGGCAACGCGAGUGUUUGAGUUUUGCCGAGGGAUACACCAACAAAAGCUUAAAUUGCGAACCCAGGUCAAAUCCAUGAUGUCGCGGAAAAACUUCCUAGCAGACUGUCCCGUAAAGACUGUCGGCGAUACUUAUGACUGGAUCAAGGUAUUCGUGGGCGAUCUUUAUGGCAGACUCAUUGAGCUUGACGACGAAAGCAUGAAUCUUUCGCUUCUGCAAAGCGGUCCUAACGAGCGAGCAAGUAUUUCCAGACCUCGUACUGUAGCGGUUCACUACACGACAUCGGCAUGGGAGAAGCAGUCCAAACAAACCAAAUUUCCAGUGAUUCGAGAUUUGGUCAAGUUUCGCUCUACCCUCGAGCUAGUUUACUUCAAAUUGCUUUGUCAAAUUCUUGAAAAUAACAAGGCGAGCGAUUGUGAGGUCAAAUACCUUGAAUUGAAUCCCGAUGAUCCGCAUUUGUACCAGCUUCCAAUCCACUUGUUGGCAAACUUGUCGGUCGUUAUCGGAAAUUUUGUGAUCACAACAGACAAAAAUUUAAUCGAUAGUUACGGACAAACAAACCAGGGCGAAACAGAUAAGGAUAGCAUCAAACGGCAAUUUGAGGAAGUCACGAAACGACAACCAAACCAAUCCGAAGAGCCAAAACCUAAAAGAAUCACACGAAGUAAUUCUUAUGUCAAGAAGCUUUUUGCAGAUUUCGAAAAGGAACAAGGAGAGCAGGCUGAGCUUAAGAGGGAGGUUUCAAGCGAGCCAGAGAAACCCAAAGAUCAAUUCAAAGAAGACAAGGAAUAUGUCAACAGAAUGUUCAUGGAGUAUCAAAAUGAUGUUUUGUUUCAUAAAGCGAUGUCAGGUUUUGACCAGUUGAAGCCAGCCGAGAAGAAGCAGGCAAAGACGAAAUCAAAAGUUCAAGUAUCCAAAAACAACGAAAGUCCAAGUGCGUCGUCAAGGAGCAGGUCUCCUGAGACCAAAGAUGCAUUUUGGAAGGAGUUAAUGCAAUCUCAGAGAUGCCCGACAUGUAAUGUUUCGGUUGAUGAUGUUUUCGAGCAUAGAGAUUAUCAUUUUGCGCUUGAGCUAUCGUCCAAGCUCAACAAUGGAACUACGUCUAGGGUAGGUCAAAAAAAGAAGAGCCAGAAUCAAUCCACUCUUCCUUUUUAG